UUGGAAUACCGGUACCACAAGUGUACGUUUGUGGAGAUCUUUCCUGAGGCUGAGAUCAGAACAGAAGGAAGGACUCAAGCAGGGGCCAGGGCUAUACAAAACUCAAAGCUUAUUACUUAUUACUGCCUGGUAAACCUUAAAUAUAACUUGACUUAGUUUCCAGUCCAAAGCCCAGUAAAAUCUACAGGCUAGCUUAUCAAUUCAGCAAUGCACCAUGUCCAAGGGACUGACGUACGUUUGACGACAAGAGGUGCAUCGAUGAUGGCAGAAGAUAAUCAUAACGAGAAUAGUAGUCUUUUAGACAUCUUCAAAGAAGCCCUGCGUAACCGGGAGCAUGGGAUUCUCCACCUGAACUACAAAGGACUGGUGCAGUUCCCACCUCAACUUACAAGUCAAGAUGACUACGCACACAUCCAAGUUAUCUAUGCGAAGAGAAACCUGAUCACCCAUCUUCCCCCUGAUAUUCACCGGUUGUCGGGCCUUAAAAUCCUAUAUCUACAUUCAAACAACUUGUCAUCACUUCCUAAGGAAAUGAGUCUGUUGAAGUCACUGGAAUCUUUGGACCUGAGUCAGAAUCUGUUCACCAAGUUUCCUAAUGCUCUUUGUCAUUGUACUGGCCUUAAAGAGUUGUACAUGACUGUUAAUCGUCUAUCUUCCUUGCCUCCAGGAAUCGGAGAUCUAAAGCAGCUGACUGUAUUAAACUUGAUGGAUAACCAACUAGUAAGCAUUCCAUCAGAGAUCGGGCGAUGUACGUCCCUUGACACACUUCACCUGGAUCGGAAUAAGCUUACCUCCUUGCCCAGACAUCUCAUCUCCCUGCAUCAUCUCAAAGAACUUUCUGCAACAGGCAAUAAUCUUUUAGUCUUACCCCAGGGAUUGGGGUGGCUUCCAAGUCUUGUACACCUCUAUGUGGAUAGCAAUCCGAGUCUAUGCACCAUACCCUUCACAUUGUACACCAAGCAGAUAGGAGUUUGUAGAUGUGGAUCAGCAAAGCCUCCGGGGGAAAAAUGUAUUCAGAUAGGAGGUCUGCGUGGAGUUCUACCUCCAGAGAUACAGGUGUAUCACGAUGAGAAGACAAACAUGCAACAACCCAGUACACUUCUUGAGCUGGCAUUCACUGCUGUCUACCAGCAUAAAGAUGUCCUGGAUGUGGAUUCCCUGCCCAAGAGUCUUGCAGACUUUGUGUCAUGCCCUACUGCACACUGCGUUGCACCCUCUGGAUGCGACAAGGUCAUCUUCACCCAGGCCUAUGUACACUUUCUUCAGAUACCCUGGAUACAGCAGUUUACACUGGGUGGGAACAACAAUGUGUCUUUGAUGGCCUUGUGCUGCUCCUUGAAGUGCUUGGAGAUGUUCAAGAAGCAUCCUGUCCGUGUCUGAUCUGGGAGUGGUUUCACAAAACUUGUCAUCAGUGACAAAUGACAGUUGUUGUUAUAAGCUACUGAAAUCCUUGCUUCUGAUUGGUUA